AUAACAUUAUCCUCAAUGUAAAAUUGCCUAUUUAUAGUCACUGCCUCUACCACCAGCACCAGCAGAGCCUGAGCUGAGAGGAAACCACAGUUCUCACUCCCUAGAGCAGCCCUUUCCAACCAUCUGUUAAAAACAUGGUGGAUUACUAUCAAGUUCUAGGAUUGCAGAGACAUGCUUCACCUGAGGAUAUUAAAAAGGCUUAUCGAAAAGUGGCACUUAAAUGGCACCCGGAUAAAAAUCCAGAAAACAAAGAAGAAGCCGAGAGAAAAUUCAAAGAAGUAGCUGAGGCAUAUGAGGUAUUAUCACAUGAUGAAAAACGGGACAUUUACGAUAAAUAUGGCAAAGAGGGGUUAAAUGGUGAAGGUGGAAGUGAUUUCGAUGAUUCUUCUGAAUAUGGCUUCACAUUCCGUAAGCCAGAUGAUGUCUUUAAAGAAAUUUUUGGUGAAAGGGACCCAUUUUCAUUUCAUUUCUUUGAAGACUCACUUGAAGACCUUUUAAAUAAUUCAAGGAGCUCCUAUGGAAGCAGAAACAGAGGUGCAAGAUCCUUUUUCUCUACAUCCAGUGAAUAUCCAGUUUUUGAGAGAUUUUCUUCAUAUGACACAGGAUAUACACCAUUUGGUUCACUGGGCCACGAGGGACUUUAUUCAUUUUCUUCCCUGGCAUUUGAUGAUAGUGGGAUGGACAACUACGUUACCGUUACAACUUCAGGUAAGACUGUUAAUGGCAGAAAUACCAAUACAAAAAGAAUUAUUGAGGAUGACCUAGAAAGAGAUGAAGAAAAUGAUGAGUUGAAGUCCUUUCUUUCAAAUGGUGUGGCAGAUGAAGAGGGCUUUGCUGAAGAAUGCAGUUGGAGAAGACAGUCAUUCAACAAUUAUUCACAAAAGUCCUGCAGCCCCAAACAUGCAAACAGUGAUGAGCAGGGUGUAACUUGGGUCACCAACAACUGGAAUCCCUCUAUUUUCUCAGCAGGAUUCAAAGAAGGUGGUAAGAGAAAAAAAAAGAAGCAUAAAAAAGUACAGAAGAAGAAGUCAACUAAAAGGAAUUGUUAAAUUGAUUCUUCAGACACAUUGUGUUCAUAUAACAUUUGAACACAA